AUGAGAAACACUGAUCAGAGACGAUCAGUUGGAGUUAAUUUUCGAGAAAUAGGCUUGAGAUCAUCAGCCAUAGUUAGGCCUUACGUUCGAUCAAAAAUGCCUAGGCUUCGCUGGACACCUGAUCUUCAUCACUGCUUUGUGCAUGCAGUUGAAAGGCUCGGUGGAGAGGAUCGGGCAACUCCAAAGAUGGUUCUGCAAAUCAUGGAUGUGGAGGACCUUACCAUAUCUCACGUAAAGAGCCACCUUCAGAUGUACAGGAGCAUGAAGCAUGAGCGGAUGAUCCAAGAAGCUGCUAUGGAAGCAAAGAAGAAUGAUAAGGAGCCUAGGAUGCAUCAUUCAAAUUAUUUCUCACCUACAAUGUGCUGCCAGCAGAAACGUUUAAAUGGCAAGGGACUGAUCAAUAACAAGGCACUUCUCUAUCAAGGUUGUGGAGCUGUUCAUAAUCCUGCUAAUGGGCUUGCCCUAAAAAAUGCUAGCUUGACAUCUCAAAGGAGACAGAAGAAAGGGCAGUGGAUUGGAAAGAGAGUGAAAGAACCAUUCUUACAUGAAGAAAUAGCAAGCGAGGAGUGCGAACAGAAACCUGAUACUUACAUUAUCUUCAAUGAUCUACUCAAGAGCUGCGUUAGAAAAGAGACGAAUGACCAAGAUAAGAUGUCAGCAGGAGCCACAGGUUGCAAGAAAAGCCAUCAGAGUUUAGAAGAACUGGCUGAGAUUGCACAGAGAAUAGAUGGUGACAGAACGUCUUCAUCCCUAAACUCAAAUGUUUCCAAGCCCCUUUUGAAGCUUAGCAAAGCAAAGAAUAGCUCAGAUGUUUCUCUUGAGCUCACUCUUGCUUAA